ACAAAGCUCAUCGUGGUGGUGCGGGACCCUGUGACCAGAGCCAUCUCGGAUUACACCCAGACGCUCUCCAAGAAGCCCGACAUCCCCACCUUUGAGAGCCUGACCUUCAAAAACAGGACUACGGGCCUGAUCGACACCUCGUGGAGCGCCAUCCAGAUUGGCAUCUACGCCAAGCACCUGGAGAACUGGCUCCUCUACUUCCCCAUCGGGCAGAUCCUCUUUGUCAGCGGGGAGAGGCUGAUCAGCGACCCCGCGGGGGAGCUGGGCAGGGUCCAGGACUUUCUGGGCCUCAAAAGGAUCAUCACCGACAAACACUUCUACUUCAACAAAACUAAGGGGUUCCCGUGCCUGAAGAAGGCGGAAGGCAGCAGCAAACCCCACUGCCUGGGGAAGACGAAAGGCAGGACCCACCCCGACAUAGACCAGGAGGUGGUGCAGAGACUGCGGGACUUCUACCGGCCCUUCAACAUGAAGUUCUACCAGAUGACGGGGCAGGACUUUGGCUGGGACUGAGGCUGGCGUGGGAAAGUCCUCUGUAAUUACUCGCCCAGCACGGUUUGCGUAUAUAAAGAGAUAUAUAUGUAUGUAAAAUGUACAGAAAUCUAUUUUAUAAUAAUUUAUUUUUAAUUCCUAAGCAAUUAAUUCACUAAGCUGCCUAACCGCACUGGCUAGAAUGGUAGCCCAUAACCUGUUUAACAUUCCACAGUGUUUAAUUUUAAUAUGUCUCUCCUUUUAUUUUUUUUCUUCAUUCUGUUUUCUCCUCUUCUUGGUUUGGUUUGUAACAGACGGUGCUUCCAUUUUUCCUAAACAAAAUUUGUAUUUAAAAA